AAAGUUUCUUUAACCUCUUUUCAGAUGAAGACUCAAUUCAUCGCCGUGUUAGCUUUGGCACUAUUUGCCACAGUUAUCAGUGUUCCUCUAACAAAAAUCGAACCAAAACCUGAACCCGAACUUCUAGCUAACGAGCCUGCAGUUGACUAUAGAAUUCCUGACAAAAUUCUUCCAUGGAACUACAACAUAGUGCUAAGACCUUAUCUACAAAAAUCAGAUGGUGCAAAACAAUUCACAUUUGAUGGUGAAGUUUACAUUACAAUCAAUACAACCGAAACCAAUUUGAAUACAAUUGUUAUGCAUUCCAAGAGAUUGACUAUUACCAUUCGGGAAUUAUACGAAACUGCAACACCAGCAACAAAAAUCACAAUUAGCAAAGUUGAACCAGAUGAUGUUACCGAUAAAUACACUUUGACAUUGGGCCAAGCUCUUAAAGCCAAAACAAUGUACACACUUCAUUUUGUUUACACUGGAUUGAUGGAAGAUGAUAUGCAUGGUUUCUAUAAGAGUUCUUAUGUCGACAAUAAGAAUGUUACAAGAUAUUUGGGAUCAACACAAUUUGAAACAAAUCAUGCAAGACGUGCUUUUCCAUGUUUUGAUGAACCAAAGUUUAAGGCAACUUUUGAUGUGGCAAUAAUUCGACCAAGAAGCUUCAAGACUGUCAGUAAUACUCGUAUUAUUGAGAGUAAACUUGUUGAGAAGGCCUACUAUAAAGACGUCUUUGCCACAACACCUCGUAUGUCCACCUACAUUUUGGCCUUCCUCGUCUCCGAUUUCAAUGAACGCAACGAUGCCGAUGGUCAAUUUUACGUUGUUGCCCGCCCUGAAUACUACAGCCAAACUGAAUAUGCUUUAGAUGUGGGCGGUAAGCUUCUGGUGAAAUUUGAUGACUACACCAAACUGCCUUAUUACGAGAUUGGUGUUGAAAAAAUGCAUUUGGCCGCUAUUCCUGAUUUCUCAGCUGGUGCUAUGGAGAAUUGGGGUCUUUUAACUUAUAGGGAACGUUCUUUACUUUAUGACGAAGGAUCAACAACACUUUCAGCGAAACAGUCAAUCGCUGGUGUAAUUGCUCAUGAACAAGCUCAUAUGUGGUUUGGAGAUUUGGUAACUUGCCAAUGGUGGAGUUAUACUUGGCUAAAUGAAGGUUUUGCACGUUAUUUCCAAUAUUUUAUGACACAUGAGGUUCAUCCAGAAAUGGAAAUGGACAAACAAUUUGUCGUUGAUCAAAUUCAAGUUGUAUUUACAAUGGAUGCUACAAACAACACCAAUCCAAUGACUGAUCCUUCUGCUGCUUCUCCAGAAGAUCUAUCACGAAUGUUUAAUAGUAUUUCGUAUAAUAAAGGUGGUUCGGUAAUUCGAAUGAUUCGGCACGCUAUUGGAGAGACACGUUUCAAGAAAUCACUUCAGGAUUAUCUUAAUGCUUAUAAAUACACCAACACCGAACCAAAACAUAUCUUUGAACACUGGAAAGCUAACUGGCCAGAAGAUACGAAAAAAUACGCUGACGGAGUAUUGAAGAGUUUUACCGAACAAGUUGGUUAUCCAGUAAUCAAUUUUAUUGUUGCUGAAGACUCCAAGAGCAUGACAAUUGAACAGAAACGUUUCCUCCUUAAACCCGGUGAUGGUAGUGAUUCUAGCCUACUCUACACAGUACCAAUAAGUUACACAACAAACUUGGAAAACAGUUUCGGAGUAACUACCCCAAGUUUGUACUUGGAAGCAACGACUGCAAAAACAACUGUUAACUUUAAUGGAGCUAUUAAAUGGGUUAUUGGAAAUCUUCAAGAAACUGGUUAUUAUCGUGUUAACUACAGUGAACCUGCUUGGCAUCAGCUACAUCAUGCUUUGCGUUCCAAAGACUGGGAUGGAAUUCAUGAACUUAAUCGUGCUCAAUAUGUUGAUGAUCUGCUAGCUCUUUCUCGUUCAGGUCAACUGAAUUAUGAGUUGUCUUUGGUGUGUUUGAACUACUUGGAUACUGAAACUCAUUAUCUUCCAUGGACUGCAGCUUUAAAUGGAUUUGAUUUCUUGGCAAUUCGUCUUGGUUUGGAUAAGGCUAACUUUGCCUAUUAUAUUACCAAAAUUUCAAAGAAAUCCUACGAUUUGCUUGGUUUUGAGGAAAAGAAGGACGAAAAGACUUUGGAUAUUUAUACCAGGAGCAAGGUUAUCUCAUGGAAUUGUAAAUAUGGUCACAGUGAAUGUAUCAAAGAAGCUUUGAAAUUAUUCCGAAAUAUGGACACCAAACCAGUACCAGUUAAUAUUCGUGGAGCAGUCUACUGUACAGCAAUGCGUGAUGGUACUGAAGCUGAUUUUGAAAGUCUUUAUCAAAAGCUUAAGAGCCAACAAGUUCCAACUGAACAAGUCUUGAUAAUCAAUAAUUUGGGUUGUGUUAAGGAGAAGAAACUUGUUGAACGUUACUUCAAUAUUAUUGUCAGUGAUGAUAUUCGCCGGCAAGACAAGUCUUCAGCUUUGUCGACACUUUAUACCUCAAAUGCUGAGAAUGUUUCACCUGUUUUUGAUCUUGUUACUGGCAAUCUUGAAGCUUUACAAAAAUCUAUGGGAGGAUAUUCAGCAGUUGCAAGUGAAAUUUCUAGCAUUGCAUCACGUUUCACAACUAAAGAACAACAAGACAAACUUGAAGCAUUUAUUGCUGCAAAUGGUAGUAAAUUUGGAAACUCUUUGAAGACAUUGAACAAAGCUGUCACGACUGUUAAGGAGAAUUUGGAAUGGUCUGAGAAGAGAUUACCUCCAGUUGUUAAGUAUUUGAAGGACUUUAGAAAUAGUGCUAGGAGUAUAGGUAUAAGCUCUUUGACUGUACUGUUGAUGGCUUUUGUAACUUAUAUGCUUAGAUAAAUCAGUCUGAAAUUUUA